CACUAGGGUAGGGUGUAGUGACUGUCUUGGAUUAGAAUUAUUCCAUCUGACGACGUGCUUUCAUUCUUCCUUCAUCAGCAUUCUAAACUGUUUAAAAAAUAUUAAAGUAUUAAACAAUAGAAAAACAAAAUGGUCCGUCAAUCCGUUCUUUCUGACUGCUUGAACAACAUUGUCAAUGCUGAACGUCGUGGACGUCGUCAAGUGCUUAUCCGUCCUUCCUCCAAGGUCAUCGUCAAGUUUUUGACUGUCAUGCAAAAGCAUGGUUACAUUGACGAGUUCGAGGAGAUUGAUGACCAUCGUUCUGGCAAGAUCGUUAUUCAAUUGAACGGCCGUAUCAACAAGUGUGGUGUUAUCUCUCCCCGCUUCAACAUCAAGCUCAAGGAUAUUGAGAAGUGGGUCAACAACCUCUUGCCCUCUCGUCAAGUCGGUAUCAUUGUCUUGACCACCUCCCGUGGUAUCAUGUCUCAUAACGAAGCUCGUGCCAAGGACACUGGUGGUAAGAUCCUUGGUUUCUUCUAUUAAAAUCACAAUCAAACAUGGAAAGUUGACUGAAAGUUGAUCUCGCAAUAUUGCGGUCAUGUUGGUUAUAAAAGCAAUAUGUUAUGGGAUUUGAAAAAGGUUAUGGUACAUUAAUUGAAUCUCGUGAAACAUAGACUAUUGUUGGUUAUGUAUAUUAAUAUCUGAAUAUAAUGCAUCUUGUAAUAACCGAGA